UGGGAUCGGAAUUGAAGAAGUUAUUAUUACUUGAGCGGCCAAUCGAGAUGGAUAUCAUUCUAAUACGAGUGUGCCAGGAAACCGAGUAUUUCAGCGAGAUGAAAUGCUUGAAAACGGGAAGCAGUAUUAUGGAUCGGAAGAGCAAGCUAUUCAAAUGCUCUCCGUACUUGGACGAAGUGAGCAUACUGCGCGUCAAGGGAAGAAUCGACGUAAUAGAAGGAGUCGAAGUAAACCUAAAGCGACCCAUAAUCCUACCAAGAAGACAUCGAUUUACAUAUCUGCUGGUUGAGUCGUAUCAUCGCCGGUACCAUCAUCUGUACGACGAGAUCGUGGUCAAUGAACUACGGCAAAAGUUCCUGAUAUUUGGUCUGAGAGCCUUGGUGAGAGAGGUUUCUCAAACUUGUCCAGCAUGCCGGAUGAGGCGCGCGCGUCCUAGGCCUCCAGAAAUGGGAAGUCUACCGCGCGAGCGUUUGGCGCACCACAUGGCGCCGUUCACCUAUACAGGAGUGGAUUACUUUGGGCCCAUCGACAUCAUCGUUGGACGACGGCACGAGAAGCGCUGGGGUGUUCUGUUCACAUGCCUCACAAUUCGUGCCGUACACCUAGAUAUCGCAACGUCACUGUCAACCGACUCUUUUCUUUGUAUUCUAAAGGCAUUUAUAGCGAGACGUGGUUGCCCGCGACGAAUGAUGUCCGAUAAUGGAACUAACUUCCGAGGUGCGAGUAGAGUGUUAAAAGAUGAAGUGGAGCGUAUAUCGACCAGGGAUGUGGAGACCAAAUACCCAGAAAUGGAGUUCAUGUUCAUUCCGCCAGGCUCACCGCACAUGGGCGGUGCAUGGGAAAGAUUGGUACGCUCAACAAAGUCCAUUCUAACGGAGAUCUUGCCGCCUGGUGGAUUGCGAGAAGAAGUGCUUCGUGCUGCGUUGGCUGAUGUGGAGGGUAUUCUCAACUCACGCCCACUCACAUAUGUACCACUGGAAUCGGCAGACUCAGAAGCGCUUACACCGAACCAUUUCCUCUUGGGCCACUCUAGUGGAAUUCGUGAACGAGACAGCGAAAUCCAUAACGGUGACAAGCUUGCCAAAGGAUUCAGAAUUUCGAGCCAGUUAGCCGAUCAGUUCUGGAAAAGAUGGAUUCGAGAAUAUCUGCCAACGCUUACGCGCCGUACCAAAUGGUUCCAUCCGCCGCCAGAUUUGAUCGCCGUGAAUGACAUUGUUGUUAUCGCAGAUGAGAAUGGCAAACGAAACAGCUGGCCCAAAGGAGUUGUGGUAGAUAUUCACCGAUCGAGAGACGGUCAGGUAAGGAGUGCCGUUGUACGCACUCCAGAAGGUAUUAUGACUCGCCCCGCCGUAAAGCUAGCCAAAUUAGAUUUGAAAAUUGGUAAUACACAACGCGAAUGCUAGUGAAUUACGGGGUGGGGAAUGUUGGCGGGCGAACUAAAUUUUCUACUGGGGCUUCGCCAGCGCAUUUCCUACUGGGCAUUUGUAAUCGGUGAUUCUCUUUUGUGCAUUGGAAUUUCACCGUUACGUUCGCUAGAAGUAGCAAUGCAGCUGCAAAUUUCGGCAGCGUGAUUUAAUUUGAAUUUGUAUUUGAGCCCAAGCAGAGGCAAAUAAUUGUUAACAAUAAAAUAGGGAUUUGAAGGUGUGCGCAGAGCACGAAUAUUUCAGCAAAUAUUGAUCCACUACAAGUUGUUGUUUUCGAGUAGUGGAUUGCUCGAAGUAC